AUGCCAACCUCGACCAAGACAGAUUCCAGCUCUGCACUUUCUGCCCCACCAUCCCCCGCCACAACCAUGAGCUCUACACACAGCGAUGCCGACCCCGCAGUCGACAAUUCACUAGACGAUAUCUUCGGCUCUUCGCCACCAGAGACCAGAGAGGUGCCCUCAGCCAUGCGCCAUGAAGCUAUUGCUACAGCCGAACCUUCCGACCUUCCGUCUCUACGUCGUCAACACGUUACCGCGGGGUACCGCGAGGGAGUCUCGACCUCCAAAGGCGAGCACGUCCAGCGCGGCUUCGACGCGGGGUUUCCCGUUGGAGCACAAUUGGGCAUGCGUGCGGGAACUAUACUUGGAAUUCUGGAGGGGAUUACGCGAGGACUGGAGGACCGGUCCGUUUCGGGUGUGGUUAAGAAGCCCGUCGCGCGGGGAGCGCUGGCGUCAUCGGCGGCGCGGUCGGAGGAUGCGCGGUCGACGGAGACGGCAGAGUCGCGUCGUCGGCUGAGAGAGGAGGUUCUCAAGAUUUAUAUGGAAGCUACCAAGUCCCUCGAUGUGCAGUCUGUCUUUGCGGGCUCUGAUGUAGGGGCCGGAGCGGGAUCGUCCGGGCACAAUGCAGCGCAAGUAGGGGAGCCCGCGGAAGCUCAACUCGGACGAAAGGGAGACGCGGUGGUCUCGACGUGGGAGGACAAGGUCGCAGUGGCGCAGUGGGAGAAGAACAUGGAGGCGCUGGAGAUGAAGGAAAGUCAAGCAGACAAGGGAGACAAGGGCGCCGCGGCCGAGCGGAGCUGA